CCAUGGCGAUGACUGGUCAGACGCCCUGUUCAACAAUGAGCAACCACACUAAAGAGCGGGUCACACUGGCCAAAGUGACCCUGGAGAACUUUUACAGCAAUCUGAUCUCCCAGCAUGAGGAGAGGGAGAUGAGGCAGCAAAAAUUGGAGAAGGUGAUGGAUCAGGAGGGACUAGCUGAUGAAGAGAAACGGAUACGGCGUUCACAGCAUGCAAGGAAGGAAACAGAAUUUUUAAGGCUUAAGCGUACCCGGCUCGGGCUGGAGGACUUUGAGUCGCUCAAGGUGAUCGGUCGUGGUGCAUUUGGGGAGGUUCGUCUGGUCCAGAAGAAAGACACAGGCCAUGUGUAUGCCAUGAAGAUCUUGCGCAAGGCUGACAUGCUGGAGAAAGAACAGGUUGGCCACAUACGGGCAGAGAGGGACAUUCUGGUGGAGGCAGACAGUCUCUGGGUUGUUAAAAUGUUCUACAGCUUUCAGGACAAGAUGAACCUCUACCUCAUUAUGGAGUUUCUGCCUGGAGGAGACAUGAUGACUCUGCUGAUGAAGAAGGACACUUUGACUGAGGAAGCUACACAGUUUUAUAUUGCAGAGACUGUACUAGCCAUCGACUCAAUCCACCAGCUAGGUUUCAUCCACAGAGACAUCAAACCUGAUAACCUGCUACUGGAUUCAAAGGGCCAUGUGAAGCUGUCCGAUUUUGGUUUGUGUACGGGACUGAAGAAAGCUCACAGGACCGAGUUUUACAGGAACCUUAACCACAGCCUGCCCAGUGACUUCACAUUCCAGAACAUGAACUCAAAAAGAAAAGCAGAGACGUGGAAAAGAAACAGGAGACAGCUGGCGUUUUCUACUGUUGGAACACCUGACUACAUUGCCCCGGAAGUGUUUUUGCAAAACGGAUACAAUAAACUCUGUGACUGGUGGAGCCUUGGUGUCAUCAUGUAUGAGAUGCUUAUAGGCUACCCUCCUUUCUGUUCAGAAACCCCCCAGGAGACAUACAGAAAGGUGAUGAACUGGAGGGAAACGCUGACUUUUCCCCCGGAGGUUCCCAUUUCAGAGAAAGCCAAGGAUCUCAUUCUCAGGUUCUGCUGUGAAAGUGAAAACAGAAUUGGGGCCAAUAGUGUUGAAGAGAUCAAGACCAAUCCAUUCUUUGAAGGAGUGGAUUACGACCAUAUCAGGGAGAGACCUGCUGCCAUUCCUAUCGAGAUUAAAAGCAUCGACGACACCUCAAACUUUGACGAGUUCCCAGAGUCAGACAUCCUUCAACCAACAACUUCGGUCUCCAACCACAGUGAGGCAGAUCUAAAGAGCAAGGACUGGGUCUUCAUUAACUACACAUACAAGCGUUUUGAGGGCUUGACAGCCCGAGGAGCCAUUCCAUCAUAUAUGAAAUUAGGGAAACGAUAAACUCUUUUCUUUUACAAUUGCUUUUCUUUGUUAAGAAUUUAAUGUCAUCCUUGUUUGACACCGCCCUUUCCUGGCGUGCCCACACUGUGGUGAGUAGUUCCCCUUUCCAGCACUUCCAGCUCUUUGUUUUUUAGCUUUUAAAUAGAAGCUGCUGAAAUGAUUCAUAGCCUGCUUUUGGGCUAAGAAUGUAGAUUUUGGUUGUGUUUUCUUAUAUCAGAGAUGCUGAUGUUCAUGUGGGCUGUUUGUUUUUUUUCUUCUUCUUUCUUUUUUCUAGAGCUUGACCUGUUUAAACCAGGGAUUGUUUUUAGCUGAUGUAAUAUAUUCUUUAAAAAACAUUUAAAGAGUGAUGCUUAAUUUCCAUUUUUACCUGCUAUUUUAAUAGAAUCUAGACACUUGCCAUUACAUGCUUUAUAGUUUUGGCAAUGGCAUGAUUAAAGGGACUUUUUAUGCAAACUGUGUUCUUUAAAAGCCUGGAAUCAUGUUUACCAGGAAGAGUUAUUGCCUUACAUUCAGAUACUGCACAUAUGUCCCGAUAAUCAGUUUUUAUACCAGCAAAAUCUCUGUCAGUGCUGCGAACUGAACCGAACGUUACGUUUUACAUUUCCAUAAUACACCAGCUCGAGAUGAUGACCAAGUGAACCUUUGUGGACCAGCAUAACCAUAAAACCUUUAAUUAUAGUUACAAUACUGCAUAUUUUAAUGCACUACAUUUAAAUAAUCUGCUUCCUAAAAGGGCUUAGUGCUUUUUUUUAUAUAUAUAUAAUUUCAUUUGAAAACAAACCCAUGUAGCCUUUAGCAGAAGUAAAAUGUGCUGGUAUUGCUGACGACAUACUUAAGUCUUCCAUGUUAAUGCUGAGCUAAAAAGCAUGCUUUAGUAACAGAGCAAUAUUUUACCAAAGACUUGAU